AUGGAAGAGAGAGAGUUUGGUUGGACUAAAUUCAAGAAGGCGAUUCGUGAUGAGUUCUUUCCAGCCCAUACGAGGAAGAGGAAGAGGACGGAGUUUAAUGAUCUUGUGCAGGGAGAUAUGUCAGUUCAUGAGUUCUACGUGAAAUUUCAGGAGAUGGCUCGUUUCGUUCAGGGGUUAGUUCCUGAAGAGCAGGAGAGAGUGGUGAAAUUCGAGGAGAAGUUAGACCCUGAUCUUCAUUCUAGGAUGGGAGCUAGUGAGUAUACUACAGUGAAGGAGGUGUACACUCGUGCUUGUAAUGCUAAGAGGAUUGAGGAAAAGAGACUAGCUGCAAAGAAGUUGAAAUCUGCUCCAGCAGGGUCUGCUCAGGCGACAGAAAAGGGUGAUACAUCUGGUUCCACUGGUUACAACAAAGGUAGAAAAGUUUUAAUAAAGAUCGAAACUUUGGGAACCGUGAUUCUAGUGGUAACUAUAACAAGGGAGGUUCUAGUCAACAGUAUUCUAAGUACAAUCAAAACUUCACUUCUUCUUGUAGCCAGCCCCAAGGUCAGAUUCAGAGGACUGAUCGAAUUUUUCUAUUACAAAUGUUGUAGUGAGAACCACCCUGGCAAGGAUUGUGAUGGUAAUUUGGUGGAGUGUAAUCACUGUGGGAGGAAAGGGCAUCGUGCUUAUGAAUAUUUUAGUAAUCCUAGAUCGAGGAACUUCAAGCCUGAGAUGAGUUCGAGGAAUGGGGCACAAGCAGAUAAGAGACCCCAGAAUGGUAAUAACAGUCGUCCUGCUCUUUCUACACCAGGGAAUGUUGCACCUAAUCGCAAUGGAGGGACUGCAAAUGCUACUAAGGGACACAGAGGUGAUGUGAGGAGGAACACUGGGCAGGUUCAUGUGAUGAACCAUACUGAGGCAAACACUAAGGGUAACGUGGUCACUGGUACUUUUUCUAUUCAUUCGAUGUCCGUUUAUGUGCUAUUUGAUUCUGGUGCUUCUCAUUCUUUUGUGUCUGAACCUCUUGUGAAAAAGUUAGGGUUAGAGAACUCUAAAACUUGUGAUAUAGACAUCUUUAUUCCUUUUGGUGUGAUCAUUACUUGUAAUAACUUGUAUCCAAAUGUCCCUAUUAUGUGUGGUAGUACCACCCUAGUAGCUGAUUUGAUAGCUUUUCCUUUGCAUGAUUUUGAUGUAAUUAUAGGGAUGGAUUGGCUUAGUAGGCAUAAAGACAACAUAGAUUGUGAGAAACAAAAGGUGUCUGUAGUUGGUCCUAGUGGAGUCCAUGAGUUUUAUAGAGGGUCUUCUUUGAAAAUCAUUUAUGCUUUGACUCUAAAAUCCGAUUUGCGGCAGGGUUGUCCUAUGUAUUUGUGCCAUGUUCACGACACUAGUAAGGAAGAGUCAUGCGUUGAAGAUGUUCGUAUUGCUAAUGAGUUUGUAGAUGUUUUUCCUGAUGAUAUUCCUUGCAUGCCUCCGAGACGUGAUGUUGAGUUCAGUGUUGACUUGAUGCCUGGAACUGGACCUAUUUCUAAGCCUUUCCUUACAGAAUGA